ACAUUUUAAACAUACGCGUAGUUAUAGUAACAGUUUCAGUUGUUGUUUGUGCUUAUAAUUUAAGUGUUGUAUCGUCGUUGUUGUGAAUUUCAGCGGGUUUUUGGGGUGUUGGUUUAACACACAGGCUCCGUGCGCGACGGCCACAUGGUGUUAGAUAACCCGGCUUUGCCUUACGAGACGCGGCUAGCGCUAGCUUACAAAGCGCCUGCUAACUGUCACAAAGUCAAGCAAAGGAAGGAAGUGAAAGCAGCCGUUCGUCCGACCGUUGAGUUUUAACGUUGUUAUUUUUCAACAGGGAGUGUUUGUACGUUGUUGGAAUUGUCUCGUUCAACGGUCAGGAAUGUCAGCUGGCAACGACAACGGAGCUCGACUCACCCAGUUCAAAAACAAAGGGAAAGAUGUCAACGAGCUCAGGCGCAGGAGAGCGGAAGUCAACGUGGAGCUACGCAAAGCGAAAAAGGAUGAUCAGAUCCUGAAGAGGAGAAAUGUUCAAAGUCUACUGGAGGAGCCAACUUCUCCUCUCCAAGAGAAGGAUCCCAACGCACAGCCUCCCCAGCACUGGUCCGUGGAGGAGAUUGUAGGAGGUGUACACAGCCAGAAUAUGGAUCAUCAGCUGCAAGCCACACAGGCAGCCAGGAGGCUCCUCUCCAGAGAAAAGCAUCCACCUAUUGACAGCAUCAUUGCUGCCAACCUCAUUCCAAAGUUUGUCACUUUUCUGGCAUGCUCUGACUGCCCUCCUAUCCAGUUUGAGGCAGCUUGGGCCCUGACCAACAUUGCCUCAGGUACCUCAGACCAGACCACUGCUGUUGUGGAAGGAGGGGCCAUCCCAGCCUUCAUCAGUCUGGUGACAUCACCCCACCCGCACAUCAGCGAGCAGGCCAUUUGGGCUCUGGGUAACAUCGCAGGUGAUGGAUCCAACUACAGAGACCUUGUGAUCAAACAUGGUGGGCUGCAGCCACUCCUCGCCUUGUUGGCAGCCCCUGACCUGUCUGUGUUUCCUUCUGGCUAUCUGCGCAACGUCACCUGGACGCUGUCCAACCUGUGUCGGAACAAGAACCCAGCUCCUCCUCUGGCGGCGGUGCAGCAGCUGCUCCCAGCCCUGGUGCGCCUCCUUCACCAUGACGACAGGGAGAUUCUGGCUGACACCUGUUGGGCCGUGUCCUACCUGACCGAUGGGUCCAAUGAGAGGAUAGAGGUGGUGGUGCAGGCUGGCCUGGUGCCCCGCCUGGUACAGCUGCUCGCCUGCGGGGAGCUCUCCAUUGUGACUCCAGCCCUGCGGUCACUUGGCAACAUUGUGACCGGGACAGACGAGCAGACACAAUGUGUGCUCAACGCAGGUGCCCUGGCGAUGUUCCCUGGACUGCUGCGCCACCACAAGCCCAAUAUCCAGAAAGAGGCAGCCUGGACAGUGUCCAACAUCACUGCUGGCAAGGACACCCAGAUCCAGGAGGUCAUCAAUGCAGGCCUGAUACCCACACUGGUGGAGAUCCUCCAACAGGGAGACUACAAGACUCAGAAGGAGGCAGUGUGGGCUGUCACCAAUUACACCAGUGGUGGCACGGUGGAGCAAGUGGCUUACCUGGUCCAGUGCAAUGUGCUGGAGCCUCUCCUCAACCUGCUGACAGCCAAAGACAGCAAAAUCAUCUUGGUCAUCCUGGAUGCGGUCUACAAUAUUUUGCAGAUGGCUCACAAAACUGGUGACAUUGAUAGACUGUGCCUGAUGAUUGAGGAGUUGGGUGGUGUGGACAAGAUCGAGGCUCUGCAGUCCCAUGACAACGAAGCUGUCUACAAGUCCUCUCUCAACAUCAUUGACAGAUUCUUCUCUGAAGAGAAUGAAGAUGAUGAGUCUGUGGUUCCUGAAGCCUCAGCAGACUGCUACAACUUCCAGAUCCCUGAAGAUCAAAGCACUUUUCAGUUUUAACACGUCCAACUUUCACUUUGUAACAUAAAAAAAAGAACAUUCAUAACUUGUUGAUAUUUUUGUAUUUUUUUUUAGACAUUUCAUCCUUGUUCGUGACAAUACAAGGACAAAAUAUCCCUGUUUUAAAGACAUAUUUGUAAAUAAAUAUUACUCAUGGA